AAGUAGCGCGUGUUGAGCGCAUGAAUCAUUAAACUAUGACAUCAAGAACCUCUUGAGAAACAUCACAACAUACUAAGUAAAGGAUAUGCAGAGAUGUAUAAAAGACAACUGUUAAAAACUCAUUCAUUCAGUAAUUCUAAUCUUAAGAAAAUAAAUGUUAAAAAAAAAACUUUCUGUAAGAAAAAAAAAUUAAAGUUUAUUGAAUCAAAAGGAAAUAUUUUGGAAAAUAUAAUAUAUUAUAUUGUGCCGAAAUGAAGUUUGAACCAUUAACGAUAUAUGCUCUUACCCACGUCAUACUGAUGACGUCACAGUUGUUGUCAGUUUCCGGUGAUUCUAUAGAUGAACUUAUCGCAGGGGCUUCCGAGAUGAAUGAUUUUUAUCUGGCAGACAUGGAGGCGGGAAAUGUUAGACAUGAGCUGGACAUGGUGCUGACAAUGGAACAAUAUAACUCAUUAUACCAGAUGCCCAAAUCAACUAAUGGCCAGAAAAAAAGAGGUAGGCAAAGAAGAAAAGCGAUACGAGGCAAUAACUACCGAUGGACUAACAAAGAAAUUCCUUACAGAAUCGUCACUAAUGUCUUCGAUCCCAACAGUAUGAGUGAGAUCCGAGCAGCCAUCGCUGAAUGGCAAAACUACACCUGCAUCACCUUCAGAUCGGCAACCAGCUCCGACCGCAACUUCGUCAGCAUUGACAACGGCAACGGCUGCUACUCUUACGUGGGAAUGGUCGGGGGCAGCCAAACAGUCGGCCUUGCGGGAGGUUGUAGAGUCAAGGGCGUCAUCGUUCACGAGUUGGGCCACGCCAUCGGGUUCCAACACGAGCAGAACCGGCCCGACAGGGAUGACUACGUGACGAUUAUUGAGAGGAACAUUCCGGCUAACUUGCUGUACAACUUUAAAAAGUAUCCUGUGGAAGCUGUGGAUACUUACGGGGUGCCUUACGACUACAGGAGCAUCAUGCAGUACGGAGGGCGCGCCUUCUCCUUCAAUGGAGAGAUUACCAUACAAACUAAAGACCCGAGGUACCAGAACGUCAUAGGAAAUCGAGAAGGCCUUAGCUUCAACGACAUCAAGCUGGCCAACCUUAUGUACAACUGCCACGAUAAAUGUGGCACAGGAAUUCGAUGCCCAGGCGAAGGGUUCUUGGGCAAAGACUGCCAAUGCUAUUGUCCCGGAAGUCCCGUCCAGAUCUGCGCCAGCACUGGAGUCGUGCAGACUACGCCCAAGCCUGUGGUCACGGCUACUCCUCCCAGAAAGCUUUGUGUCGAUAUGAACCAAUACUGCAGGCCUUGGGCUGAGGCCGGAUACUGCCGCACGAACUCAUACGUCAAGACCUACUGCAGAGCGUCAUGUCGAAGCUGCGAGGCCGGAUCCAGUUCUGAAAGCUCCGUCUGCAAAGACGUACACCAAAGUUGCCCGGAAUUUAGAAGACGGGGCUAUUGCACUGGCAACUAUGAAAACUACAUGAGGACCAACUGCCAGUCUACUUGCAACUACUGCGACAGCUCAAUAAAAGCCGAAGCCAGAUCUCAAGAUGAAAAUGGCGCCGAGCUCCUAGCAUCAACCCUGUUGCUUAUCAUUGUCAACUGUUUCUUGACGUUGUUGUGAUCAGGUCUCAGUAACCUCUUUGUUGUGCAAUUAUUUUUGAACAUUUAAACAUUUAUUAUUAAUCAUUUUUACUUAUGUGUGCCUUAUGUAUCAAUGAGGUACAACUAUUUAAUGAUGACCAUGCCAAUGGUGGGAAAUAAUUUUUUUAUUUAUUUUAUGUUGUAUUAACAUGAAACAAAGAUUAUAUGUAAUUAUGUAAAUGAGAUUCAUGUAUGCCAAAUCUUAAAGAUGUCGACGCAUACAAACAGAAUGCGUAGCCGCUUAGAAAAUCUCAUGAAAAGAGCAUCUGGCACCCGAAAGAAACAGACGUGGAUAGCCAGGGGUCACACAUUUGUGGCCAAAAGGAAAAGCCUCUACCGAAGACAGGCUCAUCAGACAUAUAGAAAACUUAAAUAGACACAAGGCGGUUAACAGCCUUGUCUGUAUUAAUGUGACAAAUAUGUAGGUCGCAUCUAUGAUUGUUUUGUUUUUUGUGUGGUCUUAUCUUAUAUAAUACAGACGUUACUUAAAAAAAAGAAGAUGAUUACGUCCUACGCGUCAUGCAUUCAGUCAUGCAUAUUAACCAAUGACUUAAAUUUUGCCAAGUCGCUGGCUUUCCUGGCUAGCUCAGGCAAUCCAUUCCAUGCUCUAAUAGCACUAGGGAAGAAGGGGUAUUUGUACAAAUUUGUCCUAGCAUAUGGGAUGAGGAAUGUGCCUUUAUUUUUUUGUCUUUCUGAGUAUUUUAUUAAAUUUUGUUUUUGCAUUUGAAGAUUAUGGUUCAGUGUUUUAUGGGAUACCUUAGCCAAAUACAGUCCUCGGAAUCGAAGACAAUGCCUUAUAUUUAACAAUUGUCAUUUUAAUUUUACACUAAGAUUUUUGUGUUUUUUUCUGAAUAUUAUGUUAGAAAAUGAGUUAAUAACUGUUUGAAUGAUUUGAUUUUGUAUUUAUAUGAUUGUGAAUUACAUUUGAUUGAUAUGAUUGUUAUUCAUAUGUUUGAUUGUUUCCCUUGAUGAAAAUGAAGAACAAAAAUAAAUCUCAAUGUUCUCGUGA